GACGAAGCGCUGGAAGACAGACGCAGCAGCCAUCAUGAUCGCGACAUCCCUCUCGAGUUGACAAUUCCCACCAAUCAUCGCAAUCCGCCACAGCAAGAACAACUGCCGCAACAACAGCAAGAGUACAGUCUUAACAUGAAUCUGGAUGACAUGAGAAAUGUUAAUCCAAAUGGUGAAGACCGCCGGCAUCCUGAUCAACUGCGUCUCAUGAAGCGACAGUCCAAGUCACGGUCUCUCUCGCCUGGACACUCGCCCGUUAAUAAUAAUAGGAGACACACUCCUCAUCCUGCUGCUGCUAUUGUCAACGAGCAACAAGAAUUCGAACCGCCUCCCAAUCUCAUGAGGGAUUUGCCACACGAAUACGACGCCAUUCUCACGGGAGGCAAGGAUCAUCGUCACGGACAGCCCAGUCCCCAUCGACAGUCGCAUAGACGGGAAGACAAUCGUCAUUACCACCCCUCCCAACAAGAGAUUGUCGCUCACAAUGGCAACCAUUAUCCCCAUCCACAUCAUCCCCCACACCACCACGCCCGUCAUCCUCAUCACCACGAGCAAGGACAACCACGGACUACUUACGACCAACCUCCCGCGCGGUUGCCGGCGGAACCUCCCGCACGGCUGCAGGCUCCCGUGGAGUUUGUCGAGUUCCCCGUCGGCUGGGACGGAAGAGAGAUUGAGACCACACAGGAUGACGAACUACUGGAUCGCGAUGAAGACGAGUACUAUCGUCGACGAGCGGCUCAUCGCUUGCGCGAACAACAGGCGCAGCAACAGUCUCUCCAGUCGUUGCAGUCGCAGUCCCUUCAAUCGCAGUCGAUUCAGUCACAAUCGAGGACAUCCCGGCAAACCCCUCGUCCGGGACCCGUACGUCGCGCGCAAAGUAAUGUCAGCAACGAUUCCUUCUUGGGGGCUGCCGGAGCGGGAGCCAGCGACAUGUAUUCUCAAAAUGUCGCUCUCAGUGGACGACGUGCACCCAUGCAAAUGAUUGAAGUGUCGCCCGGUGUCUCCAUGCCCUUUCGGGGAUCGGAAGAAACUUGGGAAGCCAUUGCGCUGAAUCGCAUUGUCCGAACCGAGUGUUUGGGAUGUUCGAUCCAAUUGUAUUGCGUCGAAGAUGCCGAACUCGUCGUCUGUCCCGAUUGUCAAACCAUGAGUCCAGCUCACAAAACGGAAGACCCUCAAGCCAAACGAACUGGAUUGGGACUUGGCUUUAAAGAAGAGCAGUUGGUCCAAUGGCGUAAUGCUGGGCCGUGA